AUGACUGAAACCUUUGAUAAAGCAGCUGGAUCUCCUGACCAUACAGUUCAAUUUGAAUUAAGUAACUACAGUGAUAACAGUGGUUCUGGUAGCGAUGCAGGUAAAAGGAUUUGUGUUGGUGUACAGUUCACGAUGAAGCAGGAGGUGCUUUUCCUCAUGUUGUAGAGGAGGAGGAUCUAGGGCACUGGUCACAAUAUCCAGGUAGUUCACAGGAUUUGCAAGAUGAGUUACAUGUACCCAUGGGCUGAUUGGAGAGUCUGGAGAGAACUCAGAGAAGCUUACCUGCCAGACAGAACAUCACACUACAAGAACAAAGUCCCAGUUAAACAUUGAAAAGCUAUCAGAGGAGAUCGUUGAGAGAUUUUCUGCAAAGUUUCAGGACUCUUCUAUAGCCAAGGAUAUUGCAAGGGAGGUUAUUAAACUACUUGAUACUUCAAAUGAACAGGAAUGUAAGCACAAGAAGGAAAAUGUCUGGCAUGAUGGUGGAGAUGAUGAAAUAAUUUGCAUUCCAUGCUCAGUUUUUUCCUCUCAUGAAAAAGUUCCAAAAGAGUUAAAAAGAUUUCAUGAACAUGGCUUUGGAACCUUUACGAAAAUAAGCGAAACUGCUUCCAUCCAGACAAAUAAAGACCGCAGCAAAAGAAUUAAUGUACACCUCGAAUCUCCCCUUCAUGUCUGGUGUACUAAUUUCUCUGAAUUAGAAGCAGAAAAUGAGGAGAAAAGGAAAACAACUAAUGAAAAGUUGUGCACAAAGAUUGUCACAAAUGCCAUCUACUGUUUCAGAACUUCCGGAAGUUCAUAUGAUUUUGUUAGACUUAACAACAAAGAUGAAUUAACAGCAGAGGUCUUUGGUGAAUCUGCAACAAAAAAUGAUGGCAGAGAACAGUUUUUUGAACUGCGUAACAUUGUCUUUGAUAAAUUAAGUGAUUACAUCAAGCGAUUGUUUCAAACUCUCAAAACUGCUUCCUUCUCUCUGGACAAAGUGACUGUUGGUGGUGUGCCAUACACAGUACGUACUGGUGACUUAUUUUUUUUACAAUGGACAAAAAUACAUUGUGAGGCAAUUCGUGAGGCAGUUGGUUCCAUAAUGACAAUUGCGAUGGGAACAGGAAAAAAUCUGAGCCCUGUAAACUUAUCAAAGGAAGUCUGCUUGCGGUUUAACCUUCCACCACUUCAUAUUUGCAAAAAAAGCAUUAUACCAAUUAUCAUUCAAGAUUUAGUGGAUGAAAGAGCAAAAACAUAUAGAAGGAAGGGUGACAAAGACAAUCGAAUAUCGCGUUUUUUCAAAUACACACACAUUUCAAGUGCACUUGGAAAUUUUAGGAAGAAGGAAGAAGACACAGCUCAUUUACCGAUAGAAGUUUUCAAGGGAUAA